AUGAAUCCUCCCGAUGAGCUUGUCCCGCAAACAGAAUCUAUCGCAGACGUUUACUCGACCGACCCAGCUGGCGGAGUCAGCAUAUCUUCCGACCAGAAACUCCGCUGGAGCAAUUUCAUUGCCCAAUUCAAGAGCCUCUACGGUGCGUCACCGGACUUCGUCGCGCGGAGCCCUGGCAGAGUCAACAUCAUUGGCGAGCAUAUCGACUACUCCCUCUACGAUGUCUUACCAACCGCCGUCAGUGUCGAUGUCUUGAUUGCUGUCAAGAUUCACCCGGCAGAGACAACGCAGGAAUCUUGGGCGAAAGUGGCCAACACCAACGAUACCAAGUUCCCUCCGGGUCAAUUCUCUAUCCCUAGGGAUAGAGAUCUGGAAAUAGACAGCGCCAAACAUGAGUGGAUAAACUAUUUCAAAGCUGGGCUGCGGGUGGCAUUGAAACUCUUAAGAGAGAAGAAUCAAGAUGGGGACUUUGCUCCCGUUAGUUUUGAGGUGAUGGUGGAUGGCAAUGUACCCCCUGGCGGAGGAAUAUCUAGCAGCGCGGCAUUCGUCUGUUCAAGUGCACUGGCCGGAGUAAAGGCAAAUGGUUACGAUAUCUCGAAGCAGGAGCUGCAGGAUAUAGCUAUUGUUUCAGAGCGUGCCGUUGGAGUAUAUUCUGGAGGAAUGGACCAAGCGGCAUCCAUAUUUUCCCGCCGCGGCUAUCUCCUCUACGUCCGCUUCUUCCCCUCCUUCCAUAUCCAACACGUCCCCAUCCCCAAAGCGGAGCCAGAAAUAACAUUCCUCAUGGCUCAGAGCUUUGUCACAUCCAACAAAGCCGAAACAGCACCUCGACACUACAACUUGCGUGUCGCAGAAUGUACUCUAGCCACGGUCGUUCUUGCCAGGAUGCACAACCUCGCCCUCCCUAAAGAUUCCAGCUCACUAGGCUACAGCCUGCGUAGCUUCCACGAGGAACUCAUGCGCAAGGAAGGCCGUCUUCAAGACCCGCUGGAAUACCAACUCGACUCCGUCAUCAUGGCAGUCACAGAUUUGCUGACCAAGGAAGAAGGCUAUACGCGCGAGGAUGUCGCUGCUUUGUUAGGCAUAUCUGUUCCCGACCUCGAGAAGCAAUUCCUCUCUAUGUUCCCCGUGCAAGCGGAACGCUUUCUCCUGCGUCAACGUGCGCUACACUGCUUUAAAGAAGCAAGACGUGUCCUGGACUUCAAAUCAUGCCUCACUCGCUCUCAGCACCAGGGCCAUCUGGAUGAGCAUAAUGUGAAGUACCUAGGCCAGUUGCUGAACGAGUCAAUGGCAUCUUGCCGAUACCUGUACGAUUGCACUUGCCCCGAGGUGGAUGAUAUUUGUGAAAUUGCGCUUCGGGCUGGUGCUCUAGGAAGCCGGGUGACAGGCGCCGGUUGGGGUGGAUGUACAGUGCAUAUGGUCCCGCAGGAUAAGGUUGCCGACGUGACGGAGGCAUUAAAGAAGGAGUACUAUUAUAAGAAGUUUCCGGAUAUCACUCCGGAGAAGUUGGAAGUGGCUAUGGUUAUUAGCAAACCUUCCAACGGCACUUUUUUGAUUUCUGGGGCCGCAAUCUCGGAGAGUGUAUAG